AAGUGGGGAGACCUGCCCUGACCCACCCAGCCCCCCUGAAGGAUGUUCCAGACCACAUGGAAAUGAGACUGCCCAGCAGGUAGGAAGAGGGGGAUGAAGACCAUGCUUCCAAGAGAGUGUGUGAUGGCAUGAGGGACACCCCCCUCCAGCACUUCUUUGCAGAGAUCUCCUGAGCUCCCACUAUGCUGGGUGCAGAGUUGGAGGCCGGCCCCCUGCGUUGCCCUAAGCCUCGCCCCCUCCAUGGCCCUAAGCCCUAUUGCUGCUUCCUUGGUUCCUGCCUGCUUCAGUUCAGUACAUUGUGCUCAACCAGUGGAUACAUUUCUGGUGUGUGGCCUGUGUCCCAAAUCCCGCCCCUCGGAACUUUCUUUGUUUCUUCCUUUGCUUUUUAUCUUCACUCUGGCCAGAUCAGCAGCCUGAACGCAAGUUCUGCUGGCUGAACUGAAAAUGCAGAGGUCUUCGGUUAUACGGGAACAUCAUGGGCCCUUGCCUGCUGUGAGUGCCUCAAAGAAGGAGCAGGGGACAAGGCUGAAGAGGCACCUGGAUCGAGGACUGAUAAGGAAUAUGUCUGCUGCCCCCAAAUUCUACAAGAAUGGCAAGCAGGUGGCUGUUGAAGCAGAAAACCACAAUGGAAAGGAGCUCAUUGUGCACAGGAGUGAGGCCAGGCGCCACAAAACACUGCAGGAGGGAAAAUUUCAAGGAACUCUGAUGCGUAGCCAGCCUCGAGAACAUCCAAUUCUGUCCUAUACUCCAGUGACCUUGGAGCGGCAACCAGUGAUUUCUUUUUCCCGGGAGCCUCGCGGUCUCUCUGCCAGGCCCCCUAGAUUCUCAAGUGUGAUCCUGCAACCCCGUGCCACCCCUGGCCCUCUUCUACUGCAGCCACAGGUCCCUGAUGCCGCCAAGCAGGACACUGUUGCUGCUGCCUUAGAGUGGCAGAGGAAGCUGGAGGCUGCUGAGGCUCUGUUGGCCCUGAAAAACUCUUCUCAGGUUCCUCCUGAUUCUGCCUCUCUGCAACAGCGUGCCAGCAUGCCAGGUCCUGCUGGAGAGAGAGGACUGCAGCCUCCUAGUCCCUACCUGCCACCACGGCCGGCCAGCUCUGUCGCACUUACUGGACAUCUGGAGUGCAUGUCCUUCUUGACCUAAGAGCCCAUAGUGGGAGGCCUCACUAGAACACUGCCUGUUUGGUAUCCUGUUUCAUGUCUAAAAUGACUAACGUUUUUUAAAUUUUUUUAUUUUUGAAAUAAGUUCUCAUGUAGCCAGCCCGAACUUGGACUCAGCAUAUAGUUGACGAUGACUUUGAACUCCUGAUUCUUCUGCCUCCACCUCCCAAAUGCUGGGAUUACAGGCAUAUAGCACUGUGCCUGGCUUUUUUUUAAAAUUAGUAUUAUUUUAAGUGUUCAGGAGUUUUAUAAGCUUUCAGAUCCUUUUUAUGACGUAGGGCAUUUACUUGACUGAGGUUCGAUGUUGCUCCUCUAUUCAUUAUCCCUUUGGAAUAAUUCCUUUAUAUGCUUCUUAGAAAAACAGUAUUGUGUGAUCUAAUGUGAUCAAUCAAUGGGAUUCUGAGUGGGUUUGUAUGCCAGUAUCUUCAUUUGUUCUGUGAUUGUAGAUACACUGGCACACUCCUGUAUGUAAUCAUCCAUGUGGAAUCAUGAAGAGUUUUCACUCUGCAUCUAGGCAUGUGUGUGUGUGUGAGCAAAUAAUAAACAUGUGUUGUAGGCACUCAAAAAUAAGAGUUGUUUUUUUAAAAUAUCAAAAAGGAUUGUUUACCUUCACCAAGCCCCAAGUUAACGAAUCAUUUAUUUUUUUAAAUUAAUGAUUGAGUGAAAAUUCCAAACCUUGGUGUAGUAGACAUCAGAAGGCUUUCUCAAAAGUGCCCUUAUCGAGUAAUUGAUAGGAACAUUUUUAAAGCCUGCAUAUUCUGAGUCUUUGAUUGUUGUUCCAAACACAUGAACUGCAGGCCUGGCCAGGCAGACAGCUAGCUAACUGAACAUCGCUUGAUCUAGAUUCUUUAUUAUACUUUUACUUCCUUCCUUUCUUCAGUGCCUCGUUUAAAAAAUCAGGGUCCUACUAUGUCAUGCAGGCUGGCCUUGCAUUCACUGUGUACCUCAGGUUGGCCUCCAAAGAUCUUGUGAUCUUCCUGCCUCAGCCUCUCAAGUGCUAAGAUUAUAAGUAUGCUUCACCAUGUCUGGCUUCCUGCUUCUGUUUGUAAUGACAAGUUUGAUGAUGAUGAUAUCCAAUCAUCACAAUUCCUUUGUCUUCUGAGGCUCUGAAAAGUCAAGAUUCUUAUAUUCUCCAUCUAAUGGCCGAGAAAUAAACAUGUAAAAUCAACAAUGAUUUGAGGAAUUAAGCUGGGCUGAAGUCCAUCUCAUACCCUCUUUCUUCCCAUUAUCCUAAAGUUCAUUACCCUCCAGUGACCGAUGAAUAUGUCCCCAUGUUUCUGCAGUACUAUUUGGUCCAAGCCUCACCUUGGUUCUACAGUUGAGUUGGGUAAAGGGAGAAAUAGAUUUUGGUUGAAGGAUGUGGCACAAGAAGAGGGAAGAGAACAGAAAUAAUACAAUAGAUAUUUGAGGAAGGAAAGAGACUGAUUUCCUUGGGCCCUUUCAUUUUUCUGAGGCCUAUUGUCUUUGUAUCGGGUUUUCAGACCUGACACUCUCCCCUCCCAGUGUUUUAUAAUUAAAGACUCUCUAUAUGGCAUAUUUUAGUUCUCUUUGAAUAUCUGUGUAAGUGUUCAGUGUUAAGCUUUUUGGUAUGUCUCUCUUUGUCAUGUACUGUCACAGUUCACAGUUUAAAAACCUCACCUCUGCUAUAUUUUGACUCUCGUAUGUUAUAUGACAUCAUUGGUUAUGUCUGAACAUAUCCAUCGUUUCAGAGCAUCUCUAGAGUGGGUCAAUUUGAACAAGAAGUGUUAAGAUUAAAAAAAUCUAUGCUGUUAUACAGGCCAAGUACAGGCUUUCUAGGGGGAAGGGGCAUUUAAGGGGAAUUCUCUGUGUUGUCUCAUUUACUGAAUUCACAGAACCAAAAUGUCAAUGAACUCCCAAGUUGGAGAUUUUUUUAGACUAGUACUUUAAGUUACCAUUUGAACAUGAACAAUGGUGAGAUAGUGAAAAAUAAUUAGAGAUUGAUGAAUUUGACUACACAUAUUUCUUCAUUUACAGUAUAAUGGAUGUGGUGAGCUUAUAAAUUUUGUAUAAUAGUAAUUGCCUGUAUUUAGGAAUGGCUCUCAAGCUCCUGAAAAUUUAGCAAUUAACUGUUCUAGUACAGGAAGAGCUAGUCCCAGCAGCCCACUGCUUUUCAUCUUUGUCCAACAAGACUAUUCAAAGUAGAUCCAAUUAAUAUUGUAUUGCCAUAAAGGUGAAAAACAGAUUAAAGCCUUUGGGAAGGUAGUAUUUUAAUAACAGAAGGAUUCUUGGAAAUGUUAAGCAGAAUGUACAGUCAAAGUCAUUUAUGUUGAAAUGCACGUUAGUGUACAGAGUCGAAUAUUGCUAUGUGCUUAUUUACAAUAGAAAUAAACAUCUUUAUUUUAGACUGGUUUAGAACUACUUCAGGGUUGGUGGAUAAUGGUCACAGUAACUCACCAAACAUCCAUACUGUCUCUGUGAGACAAGACACUACUGUUUUUGUGUCACAGUGAUAUUAAUGUAUUUUGUAGUUUCGGUAAAUCUGCUAGCAAUCCCUGCCUGUUCUCCAACUGACAAAAUCAAUUUCACAUGGUUUCUAAACAGAUGAAGAUUUGGAAGUGUUUACCCAGUGAAAGUGAGGCUCAUAAAGCAGACUGAGAUAUGUGGCAGCAAAAUAUGUGGAUUAAAACUACAUGGCACACAACAGUGCACAGUUCACAAAAACACAAAUGGCAUCACAGACAUGAAGUCCCUGAGACACUGCACACCCCUGAGUGGAGAAUGACCAUGUGAAUAAUAGGAGAUCAAUGAGUAACCAGAGGGAGGGCCCUUGCCGAGAUGCAGAGGGCCCUGCAGCAGAUCAACAAUUGGCUUCAAUGCAGUUCUCAAGCCAUAGGAUCUAAGAAAACAGGCAACAGAAAAAUUUUGAAUUGGACUUCUUCAUCCAGAAUCGGUAACAGAAAGCUGAAUGUUUUGUAGGACUUCUGGCACUCUUUUGAGGCCAACAAAACAAAGGAAUGGUCUCAAGCCUUCCAAGGGUGAUGGCCUAUGCUCUACUGUACAGCAGGGAGCAGGGAGGGACUUGGCCCAGGCACUGGAGUAUCACUGGGGAUCUCGGGAUUUUAAAAACUUACUCUCUGAUGAGACAUUAAGGUGAUUGUGGGCAGAGCUGCUGCCUUAAACCUGCGAGAAGUGGCAGCUGAACAGCUCCUCUGGGAGGAUUGAAAAAGCCAGCCACAACUUUAAUAACAUUUACAAGUGAGUUCUGUUUUCUUCUGAUACUAUUCACUCAAGAACUUCUGCAGUUGACGCUUCUGAAUACUCUAUAACAUAAAUUCUCACUGCAAGUUAAAAAGAAUGCAAUUUAAAAAAUUUUAACUUGCCCAGGUCUAAAACAGUCUUAAAACCAUAAAGAAGUGUUGAGAAAAACUAGACUUAA